AUGUCUAGAUUAGGUUGCAUGUUCAUAUUGUGGAUUGUGUACGGAAGUGCAUUUUCCAGUUACGAAGGACCGGAUGAAUUCGUUAAAUCUUUGGGGUUUGAUUCGUAUUUCGAUGACCAAUAUUCGGGGCCACCCCGUUUUCGGCGCUAUACAGGAGGAAGAAGCAGGGAAAAUUUGAAAAAAGCUGAAGGAGAUGAAGAGGAUGAUCCCUAUCAUUAUAGAGCGGAAUACAUAUCUAGACCGAAAGCUUUUGAUGAGAGUCCCUAUAGCAGUCCGUACAAAAAGAAGGAAGGUUCUAAAGAUGGGUAUGAAUAUCCAUAUAGCUAUGAUUCAGGAUACGAUCAUAAAGAAUAUGAUAGGAUUAAGGAACUAUCCGAUAAACAAGCUGCUGAGAUUAAGCAGAAUCCAGGCAAUUGCAAAGAAGUGAUAAAGGAUGGUAUGUCGUGUAUGACCUGUAAAGACCCCAAAACUGGCGGAAAUUAUGAAUCUUGUUCAUAUGUCGCAGAACCUAAGAAUAAUAAAUAUGCUUAUUCUAAAGAAAGGAAAUAUGAUAGUAACGACGAUCCCGAUGAGCCCGAAAAAAAAUCUGAAAGUCCAAAAAAAUCGGAAAAACUGCAUUCAAAGAAAGAUACCGACUCACACCGGCAAGACACCGGUUCGCACAAAUUCAGUAAAAAUGAAAAUGAAAAACCUUACAGUAGCUAUAAACAGGCAGAUGACUCUGAAAACCCCAAUAAUAAAUAUAAGUCCUACUACCACUCCUCUCAACCUAAGUUAAGUGAAUCACUGCGUGCAGCAAGUAGUGAAGAGAGUUCUGAAGAAGCCGCACCGAAAUCGUAUGAUUACAAAAAAGCAUUACCUGGCUUUUAUACCGACAGUGAACAAAAAAAAGAUGUUGAACACGUAUUAGCUGAAUUCAAAAAGAAGGAUAGAUCAGCAUGCAACAAAGUAAGGAAAAAUGGAAUGACUUGUUAUCAAUGUCUUGACAAAAAUGGACUUAAAAAUGAAGAGUGCAUGUUUGUAUCGGAAUCGGCACCCAAAGAAAGCCAUUUAGCUUAUCAAGAACAUAAGGAAUUUACUUCUAAACCUGCAACACUGGACGGUGGCAAUGAAGGAGCUGAAAGUCAGACUGUAACCACAAAUUCCCCGCCAGCGCAGAAAUCGGCAGAAUAUGCAGCGUCGUCAAAUUACAGCAAAAAGUUAAAGCGCAAAAAAGCACCACAGACAUCUAUUACUACGGCUGCUAAUAAUCCAGAACCAAAAAUUACUAAAAAAGUUAAAAGGAGUGAAGAAUCUCAGUCAGCGAAAGAUCAGUCUGAGUAUGACGGCACAUCUGCUGUCGGUAUCUCAAACAUAGCACCUCCUGAAGAAUUCGCAGGUGCAGACUCAAAGGGUGCUUUUUGGGCAGAAACACUGCCGCAAUACAGCGCAGCCUUGGGCGUUUCACUACCUGAAUUUAUGCUUUCGAGAUCGGAGCACGAAGCUUCAUUCGACGAAGCAGUUGCGGGAGCGUAG